CACUCACUCUGGAAAUGGGCUCGAGAGAGUAAGUCCCGCCUGUGGAACUCUCACUUUCUCUAUCUCCUUCGUUUCAGUUGUCUUGUGCUGAGUCACUGGAUAAUGGUGUCACCGGUUUCGCUACCAUCGUCUUCGUAUCUUGGCCUAUUCUAUAGUAACGAUAAGCUAUUCUUUGGUCGUCCUCUGCCAAAAAGGUAUGAUUGGCACCAAAGUAGUUCUGCAAACUUGAAAUAUUAUGGAGUUCAGUGCAGACUCACCAAACGUAAAGAGUUUUCUUCUGCAAAUCCUGCUUCCUUGUUAAGGGAACCUCACAAAUAUUUCGAUCAAGUAGUAAUUACAGUACAUUCUGGAGAUGGAGGUCAUGGUGCAAUUCUUACUAUGGCUAACCAAAGAGCUGCAAAGACACAAGGACAACAUGAAAAGGCAAAGACUAAGAGGAAAAGCUCGUACAAAAGAGAUUUUGAUGGGUCACUUAUCCUCCCUAUGGGUGGGCAUGGAGGGGAUGUAAUAAUUUAUGCAGAUGAAUCAAAAGAUACAUUAUUGGAGUUUCAUAAGAAAAGCAGGUACAAUGCAAAACGGGGUGGAAAUGUUGAUGCGAUGGGUGUUUUAACCUCUCAAUUGCAUGAUGGUCUUGCUGCUCCAACUUUGCGAAUUCCUGUUCCUGUAGGCACAGUUGUGAAACUUACACGAGGGAAGUUAUUGGCUGAUCUAGUGCACCUGGUGAUGAAUUCUUGUCGCAAGAGGUGGUCAAGGAGGGAUAAGCUUGUUGGAAAUGCCUGAGUACAGAAGGAAAAAGAUGAUGGCUUUGACAACUAAUCUGAUCAGAGAUGAUAGUGAUAAGGUUUUAGCUCUUGGUCAGCCAGGGGAAGAGGUUAGUUUGGAGUUGAUUCUCCGGGUUGUUGCUGAUGUUGGUCUAGUUGGCCUUCCAAAUGCUGGCAAAUCAACUCUUUUGGCUGCCAUUACACUUGCAAAACCUGAUAUUGCUGAUUAUCCUUUCACAACAUUGAUGCCAAAUCUUGGGCGUCUUGAUGGCGAUCCAUCAUUAGGGGCAGGGAAAUAUUCAUCUGAAGCGACGCUGGCAGAUUUGCCAGGUCUUAUUGAAGGUGCACAUCUGGGGAAGGGUCUUGGUCGUAAUUUUUUGAGACACCUGAGGAGGACUCGUCUCUUGGUUCAUGUAGUUGAUGCAGCUGCUGAGAACCCUGUGAACGAUUACAGAUCUGUGAGAGAAGAAUUGCGAAUGUAUAAUCCAGAGUACUUGGAACGACCAUAUAUUGUGGUUCUUAAUAAGAUUGAUCUACCUGGGGUCAGUGACAGACUUCAAGGUUUGACAGAAGAAAUAUUGAAAAUUGGAAAUGACAAUUUUCCUGCUGAUCUGAAAAAGAAUCCCGAUGAUUCUGUUGAACUAUUGUCUCCUGAAGAUGGUAACAGUAAUAUAUCAGCUGAUAAAGUGAGAAAGGAAAGGGAACUUGAGGACUAUCCACAUCCUCUUGCUGUUGUAGGCGUUAGUGUUCUGAGAGGCAUGAGGAUCAAUGAGAUGUUGACCCAUAUCAGGGCAGCCUUAAGAAAGUGCAGGGAUUUCAAUGAAGAAUUUGAACCAAAUUUGAGUCAGUGAGAACUGAAAACAUCAUGUAUAUUUCUAAUAAUGGCCUGGUCAAGCCUCGGUCAUCUCGAACGAAGUUAUUGUCGUUGAAGUGUAUAUAUUCUGAGGGGAAUGGAUUCAGUUUUUAAGGAACUCUGAAAUUAUCACGUAAUGGUAAUGGGCAUCCCUCAGAGAAAAGCUAGAGAUGUUAGAGGAUGAGGAUUUGGAUAAUACAUUGGUGACAGAAGACUGCAACAUUGUUAUAUGCAGGAAAA